UCCAAAGCAAUGGUGGGCGCUCUACUGAGCGAAAGCAUGUUCGCCGGCCACGCCGCCGCCGCGGGCAGCGCCGUCGCCGUUGCCGCCGCCCUUACUCACCCUCUCGACACGCUCAAAACCCUCCUCCAGGUUAGUGCUGGUUCUGGUCAGAAGUUGAGCUUUUUUCAGGUUGUUGAUAGGGUUCGAUCAGUAUCUGGAUUGUCAGGUUUAUACAAUGGGAUCGGGUGGUCAAUGCUGGGGAUGAUGUCUGGAAUGGGGGCUCGUUUUGGAGUUUUUGAAAUAUUGACAGCUUUUUACAAAGAUGGAAGAGAAGAUGAAUAUGUGUAUGUUGCUGAAGCCCUUUUGGCAGGCAUUGUUGGGGGUGCCACAGAAGCUGUUGUUAGCACACCAUUUGAACUUCUUAAACUCCGUGGACAGGUGAGCUCUACUGCAAAAUCCAGAAGUAUGGGCGCCACUAAGAGCCUAUCGGAGCUAGUUCCAGUUGCUUGGAAAUUACUACCUACUUAUAAUCCCGAUCAAAAGAUGUGGAAUCAAACUCUCAGUCUUUUGACAACCCUACCAAAAAAGCAUUCAAAUAUGGCUGUUGCAUUAAAGCAGUACCCAUGGUUGUUGACUGGUUCAGGAAGACCACCACUUGCUUCUGAGGUGAAACGGCCUUCUGAUAUCAUCUCUUUGGAGGGAUGGCAGGCCUUGUGGAGAGGUCUUCGUCCUGGAAUAGUUCGAGACUGUGUAUUUGGCGGCAUCUUUUUCUCAACCUGGCAGUUCAUUCACAUAGGGAUGCUCAACUGGAAGGCUCUUGAUAUUGAUCCUCCUCCCAGGUCAAUUAAUGGAGUUGGUCCUGUAUCUCCCCUGGCUGCGAGUCUCGCUGCUGGAAUUUCUGGAUCUAUAGCCGCUGCUGCUUCUCACACAUUGGACACGGCUAAAUGUCGUUCUCAGUGUAUUGUGAUCCCUAAGUAUAUAGCGAUGGAAAGGAAGCUUCUGAGAUGGAAGGCACCCGGAAAUUGGAUAGAAAGAGUUACAGGAACAUCUCCGGCCGAUAGGAAUAUCUUGUUUCGUGGCAUUUGGUUACGAAUGGCACGAAGUGGCCUCGCAUCCUUUGCAGUAGUUGGCAGUUACUUAUUUGCUGUUGAUCAUUUUUUCUGACUUCAAUCCAUCUGACUGAAGCUGAAAUAUUACAAAUGACACAGAUUGGCCAUGAAAGUAACUAUGCAUCUGGUAAAUUUUUUUUGCCAAACUAUUUCUUGUGUUUGGUGCAAUUAUUUUGAUCUUUUUGUAUCAGUUUGUCGGCAAGACUUGAUGGGAUAUUGUCAUAGCUGCAAUGAUCACUUGUUUUUUAGUUAAUGAUUAAGAUCAUAUGGAUCAAUAGUCUUCUAUUCAUGUGUAA